UUUCCGGUGAGGAGGAGGUUGCCGUUGCCACCGCUUGGGCCAGAGCUGGGGGGCUGUCUCCGGGGUCCGGGAGGGGCAGAUGAAUGGGCAGCGGGCGGGAGAAUAUGAGUGGCUUUCCUCGACAAGGAGGACUUCCGGGGUUAAAUCAUCCGGAAGCGGAAGAGAAGGGCUGCCUGCUGUCCGCCUGGCUCUCCGGGGGAACGGCGGCGGCGGCGGCGGGUGGCGGCGGUGGAGGUUCCGGGGCUGCCCCGUCUCAACUAGUGGCCCGUUCGCCGCUGGACUCCGCGUCAUCUCGACCACUGUUCCCCGCUUCAGCCCGGGCGGGUCGGAGAGCGAGGGGCCGCGGGCGGGCUAGAAUGGAUGAAUCUCACUUCAACUCCUCCCCGUAUUUCUGGCCAGGAGUGCCCACAGUCUCGGGACAGAUUGACAACAGCAUGUUUAUUAACAAAAUGAAGGAGCAGUUGUUGCCCUCAGAAAAGAGCUGUGGUCUGGCUCCUCCUCACUAUCCUACUUUACUGACUGUCCCCACUUCUGUGGCCCUUCCCACCAACAUUUCUAUGGAUUCUGACACCAAGCCAGAACACCUUACCCCAACCAGCCAGACGUCAGUAACACAGAACAUCACAGUGGUACCAGUGCAGUCUGCUGGGCUCAUGACAACAGGACCUGGUCUGGUAAUAACUUCUCCUUCUGGAUCCCUGGUGACCACAGCCACUUCUGUGCAAACCUUUCCCAUUUCUGCACCCAUGAUUGUCUCAGCCCUUCCUCCUGGUUCCCAGGCAGCUCUCCAAGUAAUACCUGACCUUUCUAAGAAGGGCGUCCUUGCAGAGGGUGGGGCAGUGAGUGCUGCUGGCAGUAUCACCCCUAAAGCUCCCAGGGGAAGAAAAAAGAAGCGACUGCAGGAAACGGGCCUGCCGGACAUGAGUGAUCCUUUUGUGUUACCCAAUGAAGAUGAAGACCACCAACACAAAGAUGGCAAGACAUACAGGUGCCGGAUGUGUUCCCUGACCUUUUACUCCAAGUCAGAAAUGCAGAUCCACUCCAAGUCCCACACCGAGGCAAAGCCACACAAGUGCCCUCACUGCUCCAAGAGUUUUGCGAACAGCUCCUACCUGGCCCAACAUAUACGCAUCCAUUCAGGGGCUAAGCCCUACACCUGCAGCUACUGCCAGAAAGCCUUCCGCCAACUCUCACAUCUACAACAGCACACACGGAUCCACUCCAAGCUCCACACGGCGGUUGUCAAGCCACACAAGUGCCCUCACUGCUCCAAGAGCUUCGCCAACACGUCCUACCUGGCCCAGCACCUCCGCAUCCAUUCGGGGGUCAAACCCUACACGUGCCGUUACUGCCAGAAGGCGUUCCGCCAGCUCUCCCACCUACAGCAGCACACACGGAUUCAUACUGGAGAUCGACCCUAUAAAUGUGCUCACCCUGGCUGUGAAAAGGCUUUCACACAACUUUCAAAUUUGCAGUCCCACAGAAGGCAGCACAACAAAGACAAACCCUUCAAGUGCCACAAUUGCCACCGAGCAUACACAGAUGCCACCUCGUUGGAGGUUCAUCUAGCCACUCACACAGUGAAGCAUGCCAAGAUUUACAACUGCUCCAUGUGCAAUCGGGCCUAUACCUCGGAAACAUAUUUGAUGAAACACAUGCGGAAACACAACAUCCCUGACCCCCAGCAGCAGGUGGCUGUGGUCCAAGCCCAAGUCCAGGCUCAAUCACAGGCAUCGCAACAGCAGCAGCAGCACUUCCAAGCACAGGGCAGUGGAGCAGCAGGAGGUCCAUCUGGAGACAACCCGUCCAAUCCUCCCCCACAGUGUUCUUUUGACCUUACCCCUUAUAAAACUUCGGAGCAUCACAAAGACAUCUGCCUCACGGUUAGCACCAGCACCAUCCAAGUGGAGCACCUUUCCAGUUCUUAGAGACCAUGGCUGAAGAGGGGAGUGGAAAACUUCUCCUGCAUCAUCUGUGCCCAUGGGUAGUUCUUUUGUGAUGGCCUCUCCUCAUGCAGCAGUUUGUGACGGCUUCCCUUAGGGGGAGGGAAAUGGGGAUUCUAUCUAUUUAGUUGGCCGCUCCUUGGCGUUACCAUUAGUGCCUCCAGAGGCACAAUCUUCCACCCGUAAACAGGGGAUCGAACUCUCUUUGUGCAAGAAGAGGGCUCCUCCCUUACACCAGGCCUUCUUGUUCAUUAAGGGAACCCCACUUUCCCUCAUCCAGCAGAGAUGAGAAAUGAGGGGGUACCAAUGGAUGAAAGGAGCUUCAGCAAUGACUGAUUGCAGGUGAAUGAGGGUGACUGGGAGUCUUCCAAAGAUUCCCUUGGGGUGUAGACUGGAGAACGUUCACUCGUUAUGUCACUCCCUUCCCUCACCCCUCUUUCCUGUGAGCUGGAGGAAGGAAGAAUGGCUGCUCCUGUUCUAGGCAUCAAAUGUUGUUCAGCUUACAAAACCUUGAAGAUAAUGGGAUGUUGCUGGUGACUGACAGCUGAGUCUGCAUAAUCCAUUACUUGGGGGGCUAUGGAAUGGGGGAGUGCCUAACCUUUUCCCAGCCAACUUCAGGAAGAAUUAGGGAUGGGAAGGUGGGUACUACAACUUAGAAACUUACAUGGUUUAACCUCCACCAUAAUGUUAAGCCUCCUGCAGGCAUCAAGUCUAAACCAAAAAAAUGCCUAGUGGUAAGAGUGCCAAAAUGACAGCCCCCCCCCCCAAAAAAAAAAGAGACUGAGGGUUGUUUUUCUGUCUUCACACCCUUCUUUCUCCCUUUCUGCAAUAAGUGCAGUCUGGAACCCAAGGCUCAAAGGAGGUCUUUGGGGGAAGCCCCCAGGGAAGGAAACUGUUGGGCUAUUUCUCUCUACGUGCGGUCCAGAUGCCUCCUUCACUGUCCUUACUGCCAAGCCAGGCUGGAUAUAAGAUGGCUGUAGUGUGGUGAUGCUUGGAGAGCAAGAAUCAGAGGAAUCUUCCAGGGGGUGAACAGUGGAGAAGAGGAAAUGGUGGAAACAAUCAUUCCUGCACUGCACAGAGAGACCAAUUAGAAGGGAAAAUUUCCCAAGCAACAGACUUGGGCCCUCUCCCCACUUGAAUUUAUAUAUAAAUAUAUAUAUAUAUAAAUCUAUAUACAAAUAGUUGGAUAGAUAUAUCUAUUCACACUUCAAUCCCAUCCAGCCUGCCCCUGUCCUUGCUGUAACUGUUUCUAUCCGUGUUUAUAAAACCACAUUAUCCUUGCACACUUUUAUUUUCAGUCCUUGAUUUUUAUCCUUCAUACUUGGUUGCUGCCUUCAUCUUCAAAGUAUUUCCCCUUUGCUUUAAUCUUGUAAUUUCUUGAUCCUUCAUUUCAAUAUUCUGGUUAUUCCUUGGGCCACAGAGGCACAAAAAGAGGUUUCCAAAAGCUAAUGGGGAUUUAAGUGAAAAAAAAUUGUCUCUAGUAGGCCUGCAAAUGCUGUAGAUUAAAGAGUGGAAGAACUUACUUUCAAAUAUUGGUGCAUAAAAACAAAUCAGUUUAGGUGCCUUUCUAGACAAACGAAGAUUCUGCCCAUUGUUGGCAGUAGAUGGAUACUUAAGGCAAGAAUAUGAGGUUUGCUUGUUCUUCCCUCAGUCAUGACAGAGCUUGUCCAGGGCAGACUGCUUUCUGUGCAAUUUGCACUGCUUUCCUGUCUGCUAAAAGCAGCAUUGUUUGAGGACAAACUUGUGAAUGACUUGAUGAUCCCACACAUUUGGGAUAGACCAGGACUGAUGGAUGUUCCUGCCUCCCCCCUGUAGGGCAGACAAAAUCCUACUGAAAUCUAAACGGUGCAUAAACAUUUCAAGAUUGUGCUUUGGCUGCAGGGAUUAUGGUGAAAUUGAGUGUGUGUGUCUGUGCGUGUGUUCUGUUUCUACGUUGGGCAUGGGUAUGAAUUUUGUGUGCAUGUGUCCCUACACUUUUAAGUGUACAUGCACGUCUGGUAAAAUCCUGCACUUCCUUUCCCUCAGGGUAUUAAUUUUCUGGACCACAUAACACGUCCAUGAUUGUUACAAGCAUUGUAAGAGCUAGAAGAGUUAUCUCCCUUGUUUUCUGAGCACAAGGCUGAGAGGAUGAUGAGAGUGAGCAGACCUUGAUUCAGGACUGUAACUAGUUAUGUGCUAAUUUUUCUAUCUUGUGUAUGCUUGGCAGAAGAUGCUCACAUUUAUGAGAGAGAUUGAUGAUCUUUUUUCCAGAAGCUUCAUUGUAACUAGAUUAAUGGCUUGAAGGGCCACAUAGAGUGCAACAGGGAGAGUUCUUUUCCUGACAGGGCAGUGGAAGAACUAAGAUUGUGGGCAGGCAAUAACUCUUUAUGUAUCUGCAGCAAGAACACUGCUAAUACUUAGCCCUCCUCAGGCAUUUCACCCCAAGAACAGAAUUCUAGGUCCUGAAUUCUUGCCUGCUCUAAGGUUCAUGUUGGAACUGGGAGCAUGCUGCUUUUCCCACCUGUCAUGUUUAUCCUUCACUGUGCAGAUUGUGAGGGGCUGAGAAUAUUGUCCUCUACGGGCCAUUGGAAAUGGGAUCUAUGACCAUCAUCUACUUUUAAGAAAAAGCCUGGGGGAAAUUGCUACAACAAUGAUGGAAGUUAAAAUAAGAAUACACAUUUGAAGAGGCUGAGCGGGUAGAGAAUAUAAAGGUAGCUUGCCUAUGUGUGAAGAGACAUUACCUUUUGCCCAUGUCUUACAUGAAGUUUUUGGAUCAGUAUUCUGACUUCUAAAGCUACUCCAGAGAGAGAGGACAUUGUAGAAAAAUGAAGCUUGGGUGAGAGAAUUCCACAGUUUUCCUUAUGGUGAUAAAUAAAGCACUUUUCCAGAGAUGCAGUGUUAAGAGUAACCAAUAAGAGAAACGACAAAUGUUGAGGCAUUUGGCAACAUUUGUGUUUUCCUCAAUAUUUUUUCGUCUUCACUGAAGAGGACUGGUUACUGAAAGUUAAGGAGACAAAUUUGUUUGCUCUUACCUUUUCAAAUUGCCGCAUUAGUUCAGUGUGGGUAAUUUUCAGCUGUUCUUAAGAAUCUUUCAUAUUGCAUUUCCCAGAGGAAGGGGGGUAUUUUAAAUUUCCAACCUUAAUAUUGCAUUAGAACUUUUGUAUUUAAUUUCAUUACUUUUUUUAAAGAAUAAAUUCCAAAAGCCCUCUUAAUGUUAAUGAAA